AUGUCCAGCCAGAUUUCAGGAUGGAGGUGCCCGUGUGGGGAAAAGGUGCCAGUCACGAAGUGGAACUGCAAGUGCGGUACUCAUUUCAAUCAGCGUAUCCAGAUGGCAUGGGCGAGAAGGCCGAGGAGCGCCAGCCGAGCUCCGUGGCAAGAGCAAGCACUCCACCAGCCGUCCAAGGCGGUAGUCAACAAGAUGAUUGCCACGGUGAGGCCCAUGUCCCUGCAGGAGGCCGAGGCCAACCUGACGUGGGACCCGCCGCCGCUGGACGAGUCCAAGGUCGCAGCGUACCGUGCCAAGGCAAGGUCGAAGAUGGAGUCGCUCGCCCUGUCCGCCAUCGCAGCAAAGGCCGCAGAUAUGGACGAUGCAGAAGCUCGCUACGAGAUAGCGAUGUGGAAGGCCGCGCUGAUUGCACUCAAGCCGAUCGCCCAGCAGAUCGCGGACAUGAGGAACAGGAAGAUGCGCCUCGACGACAAGAUCCGCAAGAUCAAGUUCGAUCAGAUGAAGAUGGCGGAGGAGGAGGCAGCCGUUGCAGCAGAGAUCGACGAGCUCAAGGCUCAGAUCGACCAGCUGGUCCAGGAGGAGGCAGAGCAGGAGGACGAGGCCAUGCAGCACCUCAUGGUGCCAGUGGUCCCCCAGCAGUGCUUCGACACCACGAGCAACAAGGGCCAUGGCAAGGGGGUGCAGGCUGCGGCGCCAGCGUAUGGAGGUCCUCCAGUGCCACAGGGCCCAAUCGUCGGGGGCAUCACGGCAGAACAAGCGUGCCAGCUCAACGGUGCAAUCCAGCAGAUGGAGAGCAACAAGCAGCAGUUCACAGCCAUGCACAACCAGAUGCAGCAGAUGCAGCAGUACAUUGUCGGCCUGACCACGGCGAUCAGCGACCUCAACAGGCAGAAGGUUGCAGCAGAACGUAUGCCAGUACCGCCUUCACCAACAGCGAGUACGGAGGCAUCGACUCCAGGGCUGGGAGUAAACGCCACAGCCACGCCACAAGGGGGUCUGGGGCUUCGCAUGGGCCCGAUCACCAUCGCCCCCACGAGCCUCGCGCAGGCCUUCGAAGAGUCGCAGCAGGAGCAGAUUCCAUUCGAGGGCACGCUCACCCCCAUCUCGCCGACCCAGGAGGUCAAGGAGAUCGAGUCCAUCCCAGGCCCGCCGAGAUCGAUCGCGGGCUACCAGGACAAGCAUGGGGAGCCAGACUCAGCGUUUCCGAGGACCGCGUCAGAGGCCAUGAAGUCGGGGGACAGUCCAGCCAGGAAAAUCCAGAGGGGAGACGACGAGAUAGUCGAGAUCACGGACGAGGACCACCAGGCCGAGAUCCUGGCCAGGGAGGGCGGAGCGUGA